AUGUCCUCCGAGCCUCCCACGAUCCGCGAGCCAGACCAGGAUGUAGAUUUUGAUGGCAUGGACGGCGACUCUCUACUGCGGCAGCCCAAAUUCCAAGAGAGCCUGAAGUUCUUAGAAGAUGUGAAAAAGCGGUUCGAGACAACGCAGCCGGAUGUUUACCCGACGUUCAUCCAAGCGCUUAGUAAAUUCAACCAAGCCGCUCCGCAGACCCAGGAAGAAGCCGACAGGAACAUUGCGGAGAUCCAUGCCAAAGUCACAAUUCUAUUUCACGGACAUCAGGAUCUGCUGGACAGAUUUGAGAGUACACUUCCAGCCGAAUAUUUUCACCAAAGGGCGAGAUCUGAAGGUCAGAUGUAA